AAUAAUCGGUUCAACAUUUACCUUGUUUAACCUUGGUGUGACUUGUGUCUGACCAGGUUUGACCGCGGCGCGUGUAGGUUAGGAGCGUACCCAUUGGCCGCCGUUGUUUACUGCUUCUGCUGUCUGCUGUUUUGUUUGUGUACAUUCGUCUCUUUCGUCCGCUCUAAAUCAAAUUACUUGCCCUAUUGAAAUGACACAAAACCAAGACAGGCCGAAAGCUGGGAGCCUUUGGUGCGGCUGCACGAAUGAAGAUAAGGAGGAAGAAAACUUGCUGAUCUUGGACUCCCUUGCUUCUAGAGGCGUUCCCCUCAUACCCGUGCAAGUUUCGCACUUCCGCUGUAAAGAUUUACACGGCUGGGCCAUGACUGCCUACGUCAAAAGUGGCUACCCGUGCGCCACCGAUGAGCAGGCAACCCGACCCUAUGUUGCAUGCAAAGAUGAUAACAAGAUCUACCAGUGGGCAUCCUUCAUGACCCCGGUAUCUGCAGAGCUGCAAGGAGUGGGAACGAGAAAGGCAAUACCGUCAAUCAAAAUGCAAGGAUUGCAACUUGUGAACACCCGAGCAGAGAGUGCUGAGCUCGUCGCACAGGGCCACACACUCAAGAAAAUUGGGAGGCACACUUUCUUGCAACUGGGCGAGCCAAGGCACUAUCCAUUUGUAGUGUACUGGACAAAAUGCAGCAAGUGCUUAAGUUCCUCUUUGACUGAAAAGUUUUUCUUAGAUUAA